AACUACUCGCUGUAGCUUUCGCGCAGAGAGAGAGAGAAGAAGAUGCACUCCCUGGCCCCCGUGUUGGUGCAGGCUACCGGAAGGAGAGAAAGAUAGACAAAAUAAUACAUAAUGAUCAGUGCUCCAUCACCGGAGAGCUCAUGCCUUGACGACUCUCACGACUCCCUUGAGGUUAUUGCCUCUGGACAACAGUAAAAUAAUAUUGACAGGACAGACAGCGGAAUCUACCUACAGAGGUCGAUGCAAGUUUUGGCGAAUAAGGCAGUCAAAGGAGAGACAGCAGCAUCAUGGAGGUUUGCUAUCCCGUUCGGUCUCGCCAUCUGGCACUGAAGAGAUUUCGCCAUGAGACUGCUUUCGGUCAACCACCGAUGAAGAGGACCAGGCUGCUGGCGACGUUCCAGGAGUCAAAUCUCAUGGAACAUAACCAGGGCCAAUGGGAGAAUCUGAGAGAGAUGCUGGGCUUGUCCAAGGUAGACGAAGGACCGUCGAGCAUGAGGACGAUGCUAUCCCUGGAUGACGUUCCUCAAGUCUUUGCUUCCAUGGCAGUGGUCGAUGAGCCUACAGAGGAAGGAGAAGCAAAAGAAGUGUCCAGUCCGAAAAUCCCUUCGCCCAAGGAGUCUGUCAAUCCGACGACCCCAAAGCCACAAGUUGAUCCAGUGCCCCCGAAGAAGCAGAAGAUAAAGAUUAAGCUGAAGACGAAGAAGAUAACGAAGAAGGAGGAGGAGGAGACGGAGACGAAGAAGAAGGCAACGCCGAAGAAGAAGAAGAAAACAGCACCCCUGGACGAAGGGCAGUCGACGACAACACCUCAAGACGCGCCAGCCAAGAUCGUGCCACCGGGAGACGAAGUGAAGUCGAAGGAAACGGCUCAAGACCAAGAAACCCCAGCAAAGACCGUUUCGCCGACAGACCAAGCGAAGUCCAAGACAACGCCCCCAAAACCGCCGCCUAAGAUCGUGUUCGUCAAGAAAACACCUCCAAAGCCGCCUCCCAAAAUCGUGUCGCCGACAGACCUAAGGCUAGCAGAACUCAGCCCACUGUCCCCCGGAGCCAUCCCGUCGGGGCAAGACUACUACAUCCCCGCCAUGCAGGUGAUCGCCGUCCCCGAGCUACUCAACCUAGACGACGCCACCAGCGCAUCACCCACCACCCUCGCCCCCCAGGGCCAGCACAUCAUCGCAGCGAUCUGCAACCUGUUCAGUCUCGCCGACGAGCUCCAGAACCACCCCGCGCUGGCGGAAGACCAGGCGCCGCGCCGCAGCGUCCUCCUGCGCAUGCGCGACGUCUUCGGCCAGACAGACUUCAGCCCCAUCGACGUGGCCAGGGCGAGGCAGAAGCUCGCGACCGCCCGCCGCAAGCGUGCGGACUACCAGGCGCGGAGACCGAAUGCCAAGCGGAAGAACGGGAAGACGUACAAGGCGAUGGUCGCUAUGCUGUCCGACGAGGUCAUCCCCCGGCUGAUUCAGCGCGAAGCGGAUGCCGACGCGCUGCGAGGCACUUUAUUCCAGGUGGAUUACGUUGGUGGUCUCUUCGUGUGGUGGCUGCGCCAGGUGGAGUGCCUGGUAUCGACGGAGCUGCAAUUCGCGCCCCGCGCGGAGGCGAAGCCGCAGCUAAGCACCAAUUUCGCGUCCAAGGUUCAAGUCGCUGUGGUCUAGGUAUCGACCCAAAGAAACCAACCGGGGGGGCAAGGAAGGAGCAGGUGCUCGAUGGUAUCCCUGAGAUGCCAUGGGAUGGAUGGUGUUGAUUUGCUUGUUUAGGGGCAGUUCUUGUUGGCAUCUCGAUUUCGACUUGGAGACUUGGCGAAACUUGGUGAUUUGUUUUAGAAUCAUGCGCCAUGUGUCCGACAAUCAUGUAUUGAGCAUUGGAUCAUAUAACGUUUGCUGUUUAUCUUUUCCUUUUCCUUUUUUUUUUUUCGUCAUCAUAUCGAUGGCCCUCCGUGUUGCCUAGAGAGCCCCCAAGCCAAACAACGU